AGUUUGAUCCACUCCUCUUUACAGAUCCUCUCUAAAUACUUAAUGUUUCUUGGCUGUCGUUUGGCAGCUUGAAGUUUCAGCUCCCUCCGCAGUUUUUUUUUUAUAGGAUUGAGAGACUGGCUAGGCCACUCCAUGACCUGACAUGUGCUUCUUCUUGAGCAGGGGGACCUUGUGGGCGCUGCAGGAUUUCAGUCGUUCGUAGUGUAGUGUGUUACCAAAGGUUUGCUUGGUGACUGUGGUCCCAACAGCCUGAAGAUCAUUAACAAACUCUUCCCGUGUAGCUCAGGGCUGAUCUCUCACCUUUCUCAAGAACAUCCUUACCCCACGAGGCGAGAUCUUGCACUGACAUCCAAACCGAGGCCGAUUGAUGGUUUUGUAUUUCUUCCAUUUCUGAAUAAUCUCACCAACAGUUGUCUCCUUCUCACCAAGCUUGCUCAUAGUCUUGUAGCCUAUUCCAGCCUUGUGCAGAGCUAUCUAUCUAACUAUCUAUGUGGUACUUUUUGGUGUAUUUUAGUGUAUUACUUUUAUAAAGCGAAAAAUAUAAUUUUUAAGGAGUCAAAGAUUUGUUUUGGAGGACAACAUACAUCCUGUUUCCCAUUGUUUUCUUCAUCUUCUCAGUUCUUUCCUCCAGCUCUGGGAGGAGAUGUGAGGCUCAGUGAAACGCAACACCGCGCGCAUGUGUCGAGUAUUAAUCCUCUUACUGCAGCAGAUGCUCGUCUGUCAAUCAACCUGGCGCGGGUGCGCGCGCUCGAACCUGACGAGAGCGCGAGAGAAAGAACACAGCAGGUGCGCGAGGGAUCCGCUGCGUCAUUUAGCGAUGCAGGAAUGGACGAAACUGAGGCGGUGAAUGAAGACAGUCCGCCUCCGGUUCCACCGCGAGCGGCUCCUCAGCGACACUCACCGGCGUCCCUCGCCGUACCUGCGCGCCGGGUCAAGUGUGUGCUGGUCGGGGACGCGGCGGUGGGUAAAACGAGUCUGGUCAUCAGCUACACCACUAACGGAUAUGCGGCAGAACACAUUCCCACCGCCUUUGACCACAGCUAGGGUUGUGGUGGAUGGAAGACCAGUUCAACUUCAACUGUGUGACAUGGCAGGGCAGAAAAGCACAUGCAAUCUAGAAGUUUGAAAAAAGUAUGCAGGACGAGUUUGAGUGCAUCCGUCCACUCUGUUACCGUGAAGCUGAUGUCUUCCUGCUGUGCUACAGCGUGGUCCUUCCAUCCUCCUUCAGGAGCGUAUCGGCCCACUGGGCCCCCGAGGUCCAUCGCCUCUGUCCAGGCGUUCCCAUCAUCCUCGUGGGCACCCAGAGCGACCUGCGGGAGGACGUCCAGGUGCUGAUCCGACUCUCAGACAGCCAGGAGAACCCGGUGAGAGGAGACGACACCCGCCUGUGCGCCCGGAGCAUCGGUGCUGUAACGUUUGCUGAGUGCUCAGCGCUGACACAGAAGAACCUGAAGGAAGUGUUGGACAGCGCCAUCUGGGCCAGCAUGCAGCACGCGGAGGAAGCGGCGGUGUGGCCGAGGAUGCAUACGCUAAGAGAUAAAACUCCAGAUAAAAUCAAGCAGCUCCCAGAAACAUGGCGGAGGAAACUGAGCUGCGUCCAGAGCUUUGACCUUCAGUGACGGAGAACACUGGUGGGUCUGAGUUGCCCUGUGCUCACAAAAUAAACAAACCCUCUUAAAAUCAAGUCCAGAUGAAAUGGGAUUUACAGACACAUUUGUACUGUGAUGCAUUUCCAAAUUAAAAAGCAUAUUCAGCAAGCAACAAUGUAGGACAGGACGUGAAUUUACUGUGAAAAGCACAAUAAUGAAAACAUGCAUUAUGAAAGUAAGUAGGGUCCAUUUUGAUUCAUGUUUACUUCUAGACAGUUUAGAUGUGACAAAAUUAUAAUUUUUAUUAAAAGGUUUUGUAAAAACUUUUCGUCUCAUACAUUUAAAUUAGUCUAGAGUUAUCUUUGCAUCAGUGAAAAUGCACUUCGCCCUGUGUGUCUUGUUCAGAGAGCCCUGUCGCAGGUCCGUAUGGCCCUCUUUGUGUUACGCUUUUCCCAGCAGCGAUCUGGGACUCUCACAGCAGACGUAAUUACCUCCAUCACAGAAUGACAAUUACCUGCACAAUGACACUUACUGCAGGCUCUGAGUGAGUCAAUUUAACAAAUGAAAUAACACUGAACCCUUUAAUAGCAGUGUUUACAGCCUCUAAUAUCUGACUCAAGGGUGCUGUCUGAAGCUUUUACAGAAAUGAGAUUCAUACGUGCAAAUACACUGUUUUAAGGCACCUACGGUUAGUGAGGUUUAAACUCCUGAGCUUCUUCUCAGUGUCUCUCACUAUCAAGAAUAUAAAGAACUGAAAAAUUCACAUUGAUUGACUACUAAUAUGAAAUGCAAAAUGGAAGAUUUUUGUCCAUUUAGCAUCUUAUUGCAUUGAACAUUUAUCAGGUCAUGCAUUGAAUUAUAACCCAUAAUAACCUUGGCUCUGCUAGCACUGUUUAAUAUUUGAGCUACAGAAAAGAAUGCAUGCAUUUACUUUUAAAAAUGUAUACAAAGUUUUAAAUUCACAAAUAGAGAUUUAUUUUUAUUCUUGUGGAUUCAAAGUGAAUUCACUGCAGCGAGGUGAGCAGAUCGGCUCCGGUUAUCCUGUAAUGGGUCGAGACAAGCCACCUCUGGGAAUUAGGCGGGCAGAUGGUGACUGGUUUUCCCCUCACUGGAUCUCUUGACCUCAACCUCCACCUGCUGCAGAAAAAACAUCAGAACAACAGGCCUUGAGAGCUGAACCUGGGUGAUUUUACCAGUAUGACUCGCUGAAACAGAGUCUGUGAUCAUUCAGUGCAGCUGGUACUCUGGGGCAGUCACGAUCCUUUUUUUUUUUUAAACAUGACUGGAAACAAUAUUUCAUACUCAGCGUAUUUUAAUACAUUUUAUUGUCAAUAGUAUUCAAUGUAAGGCUUUUAUCGUCUCUCUAGUAGUAGUGCACUUCACCUGUAGAGGACACUAUUGAGUUAGAUCCUGAAAAUGAAGAAGGCAUGUUGUAAGUCAGAGUUAAUGUCAUUGAAAUCAAUAACAUCAAGUUAAAUUAAGCGUCUGUUUGUUGCAACAUGUUGCAAAUGCUGCAGGGUCUUCUUUUCUUCACUAUCUUCAGAUUUGCUCAGUGCUUAUUCAGCUGGUGGUUUUUAGUAGAUUUCACACUUUCACACAGGUGUCAAUGCAGACCCACACAAAGUGGCACAACACUGUUAUUAUUAAUCUCAAUGCAGGAUCUGUUGGUUAACCCUGUCAAACAAACAUGAAUUUUUUUUUAAUGUUUAGCAUUCUUCUAGUUUGUUUUACCCUGUGAUGCAUGAGUUUUUAAAUCAUCUAAAAUAAUAUUAUUCAUGUUAAUUGCAUUAACAUGUGUUAUUUAUAGAGGCUACUAUGGUAGUAGUAUUUAUUAAAAUCUUGAAUUAGCGUUUGUUUUUGUGUUUAGUUGGCGUAUUAAAUAAGCUAAAUUAAUUUAGGUUUUAGAAAUUUUGUUCUUUUUUUGUUUUUUUAUUAGCUUGGACACAAGUAGGCCUAAAGGUGAUUUGUGUGUGAAACUCCUAUGAUGUUAUAUAUGGCACCUGACAGCUAUGAGCAGCAGCACUAAUACAGACGGGGCAGUGAAGACCGCAGGGGUUCAGCUUCAGCACGACAGCUGCGGAUCUCACCCUGAUCUCGGGAUUACUCCGUUUGCGCUGAUUCAAUCCUCUGCCAGAGCAAUUUCUUCAUUUGAAUCUGUUUGACAUUCAUUUCCAUUCCCCAAAGACUAGGACUUGGCAUUCACUCAGAGGCUAUCAUCAAACACAAGUAGUAUUGGAUAUAAGUGAAUGUAGUCCUUUGGUGUGAACAAACGUUCAAGCUAGCCAACGCUAUAUAAAUCUACCUCGAUGUUUUCCAGAUAAAGCACUCUUUAACAGACUUCAUCGAGAUGUUUCUGCUCUCUUAUAAAGCUCCUCAUCCAGUGGACAUCAGAAGCUUCUGCAGGGUGCUGAAGAUCAAUGUGGACAGGUGUGUUACUGAAACAGCUGCUCUUCUGGUUAAUGGUCUUCACCAGCGUCUCCCAGGAUCUGCUGAGUAACGGGAAGGAGACGAAGGAGGUGCACAAGUGUAACACGAGUGUCUAAAGUUUCAUACCUCUGAGCGCUCACAGUCUUUACCAGACACAGCCGGCACAGAUUAACCAGCCUUAGAUGAGAAAACUAGCAACAAAUGUCUGUUUUUAGACACAUUAUACCUCUUCUCUGGAGACACACAGUUUCUGGCACAUCUCCUUGUAUUGGUUUUCUGUCCUCUAUAUCUCACGGACUUGCAGCUGUCAGUGAGAUUAGACAUUUAGCAGGUGUCUAUUUAUAGUGUGGGUUAAACAGAUCACAAUGGCACGUCAACACCUCUGACCAUGCUGUUUAACAGCCAACUGAAAACAAAGACAUUGACUUCAUCGUGGCAUGAUUCAGACCUCUGAGCCGUCUGCUGUCCGUCAGCAGGUCCACACUAAACCUCAGCUGGCCUCAGAGAUGAUUCGGACCGUGCUGCAGAUGCCUGACUGUUUGUGGCAUAUGUGCAAAUAGUUGGAUACUCUUAGAAACUUUAAGAAAACCAGUCCAGAAUACCAGAGUGUUAACACAGACACACACAAUGCGGGUUAAAAAGAAAAGAAUAAAGUUUUAAGGUUUGGAAAUGAUAUGAUGUCAAAUGGAUUAGA